AUGGUCAACGCCCUCCGUAAACCUGCUGCGGCGAGGGCGACUCUGCGGGGGCCAUCGGCGGCGGCGCCCGCCGCGCUCACGGAAGAUAGUCUGAAGCUGCACGAGCAGCUAGUGUACUCGAGUGCGGACGGUGUCACGACUGAGGACGAGGUGGGUGAGAAGUUCAAGAACGUGGGUAAGAACACCCAGAUGAGCGCGUGGAAGAUGUUCGAGAAGAGCAGACAGAGCGGAGGUGUUGAUGGAGAUUACAAGAACUCAACAAAGGGCAGCGGGGCAAACGAGAAGAAGCAGCCGCUGCUGAAGAAGUGGGUCUUGGACAAGGGCACGUGCGGCGGCCACUACAUUAGCUACGUGCAGGAAGUCAGCAUUAACAGGUCCAGGACCAAGAGCUGGGGGAAUACCGAGCUGGCCGAGCGAGUCAAGGGUGGCACCAUCAGGGCUCGGCGCGACCCGAAGGACACUCGCUUCUGGGAGUUCCAGAUUGUGACAGGUACGACGGCAGUUACAGCCGCCCUCGGUAAGAAGUUGAAGAUGCAGUCGGACGCGACGAAGCCCGUGGACAACAAGGGGUUAUUGAAGUUCCAGAAGGCCAACCCCUACCUGCUUAACGAGGAUGGCUUCUACAUUACCAAGCCUGGCGACGAGGACGACGACUCUGACGAGAAGCAAGAGGGCUCCGCCAAUCUCGACUCAGACUUGGCGAAGACGCUCGGCAUCAAGAAGAUUACGCAACAGCCGAAGCAGAGUGCUUCGCAGGCUGGCACAGGCGGAGCUGUCGAUUGGGAUGCGAUGUCACAGAUCGACUGCGUGGCAAACGAAGAUGUGAAGAUGAGGCUCAUCCAAUUCAAGAUGGCGAUGGAGAAGGACGAUUCGUUCUUGGACCAAGUGUCAAUCACAUAUUUUCAAAGGGGCCCGCCUGCGCACACGGGCGACAUCGCGAAGCAGCGCGUUCUGCAGAAGAAAAUGGCCAACGUCUUUGAGGAUAUCAAGAAGUGCCGCUGUUCAUCGAAAGGCAAUAAAGAGUCCGUGAAUAAAAUGAUGCUGAUCUGCAUUGCCGUCAUGCGCGACGUCAAGGCGUUCAAAGCUGACCUGAAGAAGAGGGGCAUUACGACCACUGCCAAGAAGAACCCGAACAUGGACGGCAUUGCAGAGGAUGGCGAGGACGAGUGA